AUGGAUUUUGCUUGGACCAAAUGCGCAGAAGCCGAUGUGCAUGAGCGCCUGUUAAUCAAAGAACGCUCUCUAGAAAUUGGACUGUCGCACUGCGAGAAUCUGAUCGACGAGGUCAGCAACAGAUUCUCCAAUAUCGCAGAGCACUGUGAGCCAUCUAUGGAAAUCAUUUGGGCAUUAGAAGACCGGAAUGAGUGGAUAAAUCAGUGCCGAGAGAUAGCUAGAGAUCACCGGGAUUUCAGAGUUCCCGUAGGUGUGGCUGGUGCGACUGGGAGUGGGAAGACGUCAGUUUUGAAUGCGCUCCUAGGGUUCCAGGAAUUAUUACCGACAAACAACGAGGAGGCCGCCACAGCUGUCCAAUGCAAAGUUAGCUUCAAUUAUGAUAAUCGACCUAAAUAUGCAUUUCGCUGUCACAUCACCUUCCGCAGCAAAGAAGCACUAAAGGCUGAGCUCAAGCAAUUCUUCGACAACCUCAAGCUAAAAGACGAACUCGAAGAACUGAAUGAUGACUCUGCUGAUGGUGAGGAGGCUCUCUGCAACCUCGAAAUGGCGAUGCAACCUACUCGUGAAAUGAUCAGUAUUGUUUUCGACCUGGAAGAUGACGAGAUACAAGAGUUAGAUCUCGAUGGGGUCCUCAAUUCUAACACCGAAGCUUUGAAGCUACUGGGGACAACGAAAGAGUUUAACCAUAGAACAGCAGAUGGAAUCUCGCAAAUGGUAAAACCUUACAUGGAUUCUACGGCAGAGGACCAUGGAGCAACUGGUACCAGUUUCGCAGCGUGGCCGCUCAUCGAGCAGGUAGAGUUAUUUGUCAAGUCUGACAUCUUGCUAAAUGGUGUCAUCCUAGUAGAUUUGCCAGGUUUAGGUGAUGCUGUACGAAGCCGGGCGAUAGUUGCAGAAAAGGCGUUUGAUCAGUUGACAGCCACCAUCAUUGUGUCACAGGCUACCCGGGCUGCAGAUAACUCUACUGCUGUGAACCUGAUGUCCAAACACCAGGAAAUGGCCUUGAUAUUGGAUGGGAGACUUCAUAAACAGGCAUUCUGCGUGUGUUUAUCCCAGAUUGAUCAUAUUGAUCGCAAAGCUGCACUGAGGAAGCCCGAUGCUAAGGCAAACGAAUAUCUCCAGGAGCUGCUUGGCGAGGAAGAAGACCAUAGGUCUUUACUGGGAGUAGGAGCACAAGCGAAAAAGAAACUGUCGAAAGUGAAAAGAAAAGAACAACGCAAGCUUUCUCGUCAUCAAGAACUUCAUCCGAAAGGAAAGGCCGCUGAGAGGAUUAAAGCUCAAGCGGCUUACAACGCUACAAGGAAACGAUUUAAAAAGGUCUUGAAAGACAUCAAUGAUUCCAGACGCCGACUAGAAGAGUUAGAGGGCGAGAUUAUUUUUAUCUGCAUUCGAGCCAGGAAUCAAUACCUAAACCAACGUAUUCAACAAGACUUCCGGAAAAGACACGCUCGGCUUCUUGGUGAGACUCCUGAUAUGCAGAAGACCUACGAUGCACAAGUUGCCGUUUGCCCCACAAGUUCAGCAGCAUUCUGGAAGUGCAAAUGUCCGUUCUCAAGUGAACCUGGAUUUCCGGACGAGUUAUAUACGGGAAUUCCUGGCCUAGCUAAGUGGAUUCGGGAUGCGACCAUCCAAAAAAGAGAGGAGCACGUUAAUGGUCUCCUCAAUAGGUUACAAGUACAAUAUAACACUAUCAAACUAUGGGUCCAAGACAAGCGCAGGCUGAAAGAUACUCCGCUCACUAGAGAUUGGUUCGAAACACACAUUCUCGCAGAUGCUAUCGAGAGUUUGGAGGAGGAUCUGGAAGUAUACUGGCCGACAUUGACUGAGGCCGUUGAAGACCAAUAUCCUCUUGAUAACGUCAACAGAGAAUUAAUUCUCCACGAAGGUCCAGGAAAGUGCAUUGACGCUGUGAAAGGCUGGUCAUACAAGAAAUCAGGUAACGGGGCAUCAGCUAAGAUGCAUCAUAACACAUACCAAGCGAUCCUCACCAGGAAGGGUGGGAAAUUCAUGAGCGUAUCAAAUAACACUUACACGGAAUACUUCUGGAUGGGUGAUCUGUCGCAUGUUUUGUUCAGCAUCGUCGUCAAGGACUGGACCCAAGCUCUCCACAUUGAUAUACCUUCAAUGGCUGGCGAUGCUGAGCUAGCGAUAGACAAGAUCUGGGACAGGUUCAUCCAAGAUCUCAACGCAAGGGUUAACAAGGCGGAGCCAAGACUGCUCCCUCAGAUAAAGAACGAGGAACCUAACCUGGAGGCUUUUAAGAAGGCAGCUAAAACCCGGAUCCGCCAAGCUCUUAAGCGACUCUCCAAGGGUGCAGGCCAAGCUUAUCCUCUAGUUGCCUUCAAAGCUCAAGAAGAAUGGGCAGAGACAUUUAAGGGGGCGGUAAACAUCAGAGGUACCGGGUCUCAUGCAGCUCGUCAACAGCUUGUGCUUAACUUCGCAAAAAAGAACAGCAGGAAUACUUUAGAAAAAAUAUAUGACUAUCUCGACGAGCAACUCUGCGCAAAUUUCGGGUCACUACCCGAAGAGCUACAAUCUAUAUCAGACGAUACUGUGAGAUCCUUGCGGAGCUAUCUUAUCAUGUUCAUCGAUAAAACUCUUGAGUCUACAGAUAUGGCUAUCAAAUCAGAAGAUGUUGCUGAGGAGAAAAUCGGGUUGCGGAUGGCUGUGAAUUCCGAGCUUGAUAUGUGGGAUGCACAAUGGGGAAAUCUAGACUUGGAUGAAUAUGUGAAUGACAAGCAGGCUGGCUGCAUCCCGGAUGAGUACCAGCAUGCUCGGUCGAAGCUGGAGGCUAGUGAUGAUUCUACGAACUCUGACUCAUCCAGCGAGGAGAGCACAGACGAAGACUAG